CAAACAAAACAUAGAUCAACUACAACUAUAUAAUUUUUUUUCAAAAAGAAAAAAAAAACUACAACUAUAUAACUUAUAGGACACGAUACCUUAACAUUGUAUGCCUAGUUCUUGAUUAAUUCGUAUAUAUUUAGGGUUAUUUAAUUUCUUGUGAUAUUAUUAUCUAGUGGGGAGUACUGGGGACACUACUGACAGUCAUGCAAAAAUGAAGGAAGUUUCUUGGAUUCAACUUUAUUGUUCAUCCAAAAAUUGAAAUCUGGUGGUCCAUUUUCAGUUACAUGCAUAAGCAGAGUAAAACAAAGACCCAAAGAAUAAAAAAAAUGGAAGCUAAAGUCAUUUCUUGCACUACUUUUGGAGAAGACAAGGUCAUAAAGAUUGUUGUUUCGAGCCGUCGUGCAGUCACCAACUACAAACCUGGAGAAAACGAAACGACCGUUGUUGUUGCCGAUGAUACUUGCUCCAAGAAAGAUGUUGAAGAGAUUAAGAAGACUUGUGAGAAGCUCGAUUAUGUUUACGAAGGAAGACUUCACGAAGAUUACGCGCAGACCAACAUUGGACCUGGUUUGGUCUGAAAGUUUCAGAGUUACAGUUAAACUCUCUAUGCUUUGCUUCACUUUUGUCUAAGUACUUUUCUUUUCUGCAUUUUUGCUUUCUAUGUUCUAAGUUAGCUAUUGGUGGUUUGCAGCUAUGAAUAUGAGUUUAUUAGUUACA